UUUCACUCAAAUCUAGUCGUAUAGAUUUUGCCUUAAAAUUAUUAAAAAAGUACUAUUUAAACUAGUUUAACCGAAUUAAAACUACUUUUAAAGCUAGGCGUACGUUCGAGUAAAUGCGUUCGCGUAGAAAUUAAUUCGCUAUAGCUUUCAAAUGAACAUCUGAUGAAGCAUGGUUAAAAUGGCCUCAACGGAAGAGCAGGAUAGGAAAAUAGUACUGGAAUUCUGCCACCUGUUGGAGAAGUCGAAGCAGCUCUUCAACGGGCUGCGCGAUCUCCCCCAAUACGGGCACCGGCAGUGGCAGGCGUACUUCGGGCGCACCUUCGACGUCUACACGAAACUGUGGAAGUUUCAGCAGCAACAUAGGCUAGUCCUAGAUUCUAAGUACGGAUUAAAGCGAUGGCAAAUCGGUGAAAUAGCUAGUAAAAUUGGACAACUCUAUUAUCAUUACUAUCUUAGAACGAGUGAAACAAAUUAUCUCAAUGAAGCAUAUUCGUUUUAUGCGGCAAUUAGAGGGCGCGCUUACUACUCUCGGGCAAUCAAGGAGGACCGACCGGAUCUGAUGGUUAAGAAAUUACGUUACUAUGCUAGAUUUAUUGUUGUUUGUUUACUGUUGAAAAAGAUGAAGCUAGUGAGAGAAUUAGUUAUCGAAUUAGAGCGACAAAUACAGGAAUACACGACGACCUACGAACCCGAGGAUCAGCUCGAGUGGUCGCUCGUGUUGGACGAGAUCAAGGGAUUCAUCAAAGCGGAAGCGGCAGUUGCGGUGCUUCACGCCGACACGAAUCCCAUUGUGUUAUCGCACAGUGGUUCUGGUUCUAGGUUAAGCCCCCUAACGACGCCGCCCUGCGAGAGGACGCCACACAUGACCCUCAGCCUGCAGGAGAUACUGAUAGUGGGGUCCGCUUGCGAGCAGGCCAAGUUCUCCGAGCUGACGAUGGAUAUGUUCAGAAUGCUUCAAACACUGGAAAGGGAACCAACUGAAUCGAUGCAUCCUAUGGCUGGUCAUCCGAUGGUCACGCAUGGAGGGCCACAUGAUGCGAGUCCUGCUGCCAGCAGGAUGCCCCCGUAUGGAGUCCCUGGGUCCAAAGGUUACGUGGAAAAUGGUGAUCGACGAGGAAUGCGUGACAACCCACAUAAAUAUCUGCUCUACAAACCUUCGCUCAGUCAGCUCAUGGUGUUUCUGUCGAGUGGAUUCAAAGAACUACCGCCUGGUGGAGCACUUUUGCUGUAUAUGUCUGCCGAUGGUUGCUUCUCGACUACGAAGCAUCCGCAGGAUUACGGUUACGAGUUAGGUGGACUAGCGACGAGCGUUAAACGCGAUGCAGUCGACGGAGGACUGGCAGUGAGGGGAAAGUCUAGUGCCGGCUAUAAAGAACCACAUUGUCUCUACCCGGGAGACCUGUAUCCAUACACACGGAGACCACUGUUUAUAAUAAUAGAUUCGGAUAACUCGUUUGUGUUCCAGCAUAUACCAAGGUAUUUUGGUCAGCCACUUGUGAUAUUGAUGUCACCCCAAGAUGUUCCUGCGAACUUUCAAGGAAUGAAUUUGCAACAUCAUGGAUCUCUGUUCACCUUGUUUCUGCAUUCUCCAAUGACCGCCCUUUGCUACAUCUGCAAUGUUGGAGAUGUCCCAAUCCACCACUGGGAGCGAUGUCAGAACUAUGUAGACCGUUUUGUGACGGAAGCUUCGCGGUUGGUGACUAGGUGUCGGAUGGAUGAGAUAGAACAGGGAAUAGGGUAUAUCGAUUCGUCCUAUGUACAGUUUUUCGGGGAUGACUUCCUGCGGACGCUGAUACUGCGGUUUGUAUUUUGUGAUGUGACAUUGCGAUUGCAUAGAGGGUUCCGAGGUCGACAUCAAAGGCCACGAUGCGAGCCUCCACUGCCGAGUGCGGAACUGCUGGAGCACCCUUCCCUGGCUCACAUAAUUCUCCAGCUGGCAUCGGCGUUAGACGUUAGAGGACACUUCAUCGAGGGUCCCGAAGGCGAUUGAUGGAGGAAGUCCUUGGAUCGUAAUGUCACCGACGAAUCCAGCCGAACCAAGGAACUCAGUUGCGACGUGCUGCUACUGACGCUACUGUUGAUGGCUGGCGGGCAACAGCUGCGGCGUGAGAAGAGCGGUAAGCAUGAUACUUCCAAUGCCUGUCGGACGGUGGCAUGCGGCAGGGUUGUGCUCAGACCAGUAUUUGAGCAUGUCGUCAUUAGUGAAGCGACUGAUGGUGGUGGUGAUCGUAUGCGAUGUUGUCACGAGUUGCAGUGCUACGCUAGAAGGCUUUUUAUGAUUUGAGCAUAAUCAGCAGACCAUGGAACAAAGUACGUCGCACCUUUAAUACAGCAGCAAGUAUGGAUAGUCCGAGAUGGAGAGAGUAUUAGAAACGACACAGUGGAUGCUUUGUUACCUUUUUCUAUUUAUUUUAUGUAUGUUUACAGCUUUUUAUGCUACUUGUUGUUACAUAUACACUAUAAUAGAGCGAAACGAAGUCGUGUAACGGAUUGCGUAUUUUAUACACUCUCUAGAAUACAUUUUCACAAGAUAAAAAAUCACUCACACACUCUACUCAGCGGUUCCCAUAGUAGAUGGGAAUCAUUGUAGCGUCAUAGGCUGGAAGGACGAGAUUACACGCAACCUGCUCCAAUGGUUUUUGGUGGAAUUGAAUGGUUUCAAAGGUCUUUAGUUAACAAAGCUCAAGAGUUUUUUUUUUGUACCGAAUGGAAGUAAAUUAAGAAGAGUUUUUGACGAUUAAAGUAAAAAGUGCUUUGCCGAGCCGGUUGGUUGGUUUUUGCCAAUCCUGACGAUUGCAACAUACUCUGCUUACUUGAACAUAACUGUUUGUCUUGCAUAUAGCAUACCAGUUUUGCCUGCAGUAUUCUCGCUUAUCGUUAGAAAUUCGGCAAUAGAAUGCGCUUCGGUGUUCUUCUCUCAAGCCAUUUCUAUACAACUGUUCAUGCUUCCGUUCUUUAACACCGUAUUAAAUAUUUUUCUUAUCGCUGAUAUUUGACGUUAAUGUAGAGUAGCGCUCAGGUGUGCUCUGGUAAAGAGAUAUUUCCUUUACCUGAUGCAGAUAAAUUUCGCAGUAUAGUCUGAAAGGCUACGGCCAUCAUAGAUAAAAUCUGGAAGGCUACGGAUAGAUAUUCAGCGUAGGCGGGAUUUUUUUUUAAAUUUAUGAUCGAGUCAAAGGUAGGAAUAGCCUGUGGAAUUCCUGUAACAAAAGGCUUCGUCCUCUUCUCUUAGUGGGUUCAUUAUUGAGAUUUUUUCCGGAUCAAUUGAUUGUUAUUCUUCAACGACAAACAUCAUCUAUCGUUUAUAUCCAUCGUUAUCGCAACGUUACAUAUCGCGUGAUUGUUUAUAAGUACAUCUACACUAAGGAAAAAGCAGAUCUAUUAUUUAGUUUAGAGACUAUAUUAACCAUUGCUCCACAUGCACAGGUUCUGAAGAAUUUUGAAACCAUUCAAACCUCAAUUGUUAGUUCAAAAAAAAUAUAUAAGAAACUGGUACAGAUUAUUUGUGACAACAUACUGGAAACACAUAUUUAUUGGACACCGUUGGACACAAUAAAUUAUAUUUGGGGAUGGUUUUUUGACAAAAUUAGUUUUACCUUUCCUAUUUUAUUAUUUAUUUCAUCUAUUAUAUAUUUUAUUUUUAGAUUUAGAACAUUACUAACGGUUUCAGAUGGUUUUUCACCGAAAAUUCUAAAAUCAAUUGAUAGUUUUAUUAUUUCUAUGAAAUUUUUAUUAUUUAUGCAUCUUUUAUUUUCAGCAGUAAAUAGGAUACAUACUCACAAACCAACACACUAAAUACACUAUAACAAAUUAAGUGCAAUAACUCACUACUGUAAAAUACCCAGCCGAUAUUUGGACAAUAUAAACGUGUGAUCACUGCCGCUAUUUCGCUUCAUUAGAGAAAAACGAUAAAAUAAAAUGUAAACAAAAUCAUUAAGAAAUAUAGAUACUUUUUCUUGGUUAACUCUACCUACUGAAACAUUUAUGUAAGAUAAUAUAAAAAAAACGAGACAACAGCAAGGCAAACAACAGAGAACAAAGCACACUAUUAAGGAAUGGACACAAACGGGCGAAAGAGCUAUUGAAUGGAACGCAGAAUAUAGGCAGCGGAAAACCCAUUUAGACGCAUUAUACACGUUAACAAAAUCGGUUCUCGCGUGGUAAAAAAACACUAAAACCAAAGGAAAGUAAAAACGUAGAUUUUUUAGGAAGUGCUGUAAGGUUAUGUGGAAGCAGAUUAUAGAUAGGGAAUUAUAUAUAUUUAAAAAGGUAUGCAGAAUAGGAUAAUUCAGCCAGAUAACGAUGGAAUAGCAUGUAUUUAAAUGGAAGUAUUUAGAAUACAGUUCGUUUCCUUGAGUCCCAGUUUUCAGUUGAAGAAAAUGCAUAAAAACACAAAAGUAUAAGCAUCAGCAGUCAUAGCAGCAUGUAGAAUGAAUAAAUUCUUUGACAGAAACUCACCUGAAUGGAAAAGUAGCGAACGUCCUGCGAACAAAUUCGUAGCCUAGAAGCAGCUCGUUCGGAAAAGCGAAUACACCGCAAGGCGAUAAAUCAACCCUUGAGCUAAUACACAAGAAACCCCUGGUAAGAAAAGGAAAACUUAGUACAUUUGUCAAACUUGCACCUGAUGUUGUCGACUUCACAUGUAUGCGUAACCUUUUCCGUUCUUGCUUUAUACGUUGGUGAAUGAACGAAACCGAAAUAAAACCUGAACAGAACUAAAAAGACGAACGUUUUGAUGUGAAAUAGAUGGAAGUCCUUGUAAUAGUAAUAGAAGUAGCGCGAAUGAAAACGGAACACGAAGCUCACACUUACACAGUAUAUACAUAAAGAAUAUAGCUAAACGUUAAAAAGUCCCCCGGAACACAAGCCAAGCGAUCAAAGGUAAAUAGAAGAGAAAAAAAAUCAUAUAUGAAAUGUAUAAAAAAUAGGAGGAAACCAAAGCAAAUACUAGCAGUACCCGAUAGGCACGGAAACAAUACAUAUAUUUGAUAACAGAUGAACAUGCAGACAUACAAAUGUGGAACAAACGAAAAUCGAUUUAGUUUUAAUUUUUUGUACGAUAUUAAUGUACCCGUUAAAAAUCAACGGUUCCUUUUUGUUCCGGUUGUAGCAUUUUAUUCAGCUUAAGCCUUUUAAAGUAAACUUAAUUUAGGGUUAUCAGUAAUUAAUACAUUGGACUUGAGCGAUUACAUAGUUGAAGGAUCAGAAAUAUAAAUUGCAUGAAUUGUAUUUAUGAAAAUCCAUUUCACUGGCUCCGUUUUGCUUCCUGACAUGUGAGCUAGAUGAUUGAAACUACUUCCUCUGUAAUUCGAGAUGAUGUCGCAAGGAGGGUCCAAAAUUUGUUGGGGCCCAAAUCAAGUUGGUUACCCUAUGCUGCUAGCAGCUCAACGAAGGUUAAGAACAAUUCGACUUCAAUAUCAGCUCAUCUACAUUUCGUCUACUGUGGAACAAAUAUUUUUGCAACUGACCUUUAAGUUUAGAUUUUCACGCAGACCACAGUCAAAAGAACUGUAUAAGUAAGAAAUAAAGAGUAGUUAUGACCAAGCAGGCCAGCUUACGAAUCAAAUUCAAGACUGUCUUUAUUUUCGGUAGAUUUCAAUUCCAUUACAUGAUUUUGUACUCCCGGUCUUAAAGGGCCAAAUGUGAUCUAUUCAUAUUUCUCGAUAAGCAUAAGUAAGCAAAUGAUCUACCAUUGUUUUACCACUAUGCGUGUUAUCAUUCUCUCAACUAGUGCUCUUUCAAAAAUGCUGAAGAAAGCACGUGGUCAUCAUGAUGGACGAUUUGUGGCAUCCUUAAGGUAUUUCUAGCUUAACUCGGGGGUUCAAUGUGGGACCCCAAAGCUGCAUAAACUUUCUUUUAAGAUUAAUUAAAAUUAAGAUAAAAUUUGCAUAAUUUUAGUUAUAUUUUUUUUGGGGCAAAGGCGUAAGAUUGACAAUCCGGAGAUGGCGAGUUCGAUUCUCGGUCCGGUCUAGGAUGUUUUCGUGAUGGAAACAUUCUCGACACCCUGUACUUGCCACACAAGAUACAUACUCAUGCUCAUGCAAUGGCGGGCAU